CAGAUUCAUGCCGAAAUAACUUAGAUUUUGCGAUGGAUUUUAGGCGUGGAAUUUGUCUAUUUGCCUGGCUUCUUUUCGUAUGUGUUAACGCCGAAGAUGAGCAAAAACUAUUGAGUAAUUACAAUGAAUAUCAGGUCCUAGAACCGCGUAUAUUUUUGCCAAUAAUUGCGCGAAACAUCGAACAUUCGCUACCGAAUUGGCUGGGGCACAUAGAGAAGUUAGACUACCCGAAAAACAGGAUUUAUUUAUGGUGAGUUUUAGUUAAUAAUUGUGUUUUAUAAUAUGUGAUUUAUUUUAUUAACUUGAAGCAAUCAAUUGAGUUAAAUAAAGCUUAAAUCUCAUAAAUAUCCAUGUCCUGGUGGCUGGUUGGUAUAGGAUUAUAAAGUUCUGAAUAUAAUGCGCAUAGCUUCGGUCGUUUUGGUUAUAAAUUCUUAAGAACGCGUAAGUAUAUAUUUAUGGGUUUAAUAUUUUUAGGGAUUGCGAAUUUAUAUAGAUUUAAGUAAAUCUAUGUAUUUUGCAUAUUUAUAUGUAAUGCAAUGAGAAAUAUUGGACUUAAAAUUUUUGAUUGAAUCCUUGAGUUACCAUGGUAAAUACACGUGUCAAAAAGUGGUGGUACUCCACAGUGGAAAGUUGAUCUCCCCAGCCGCAGGAGAUCUGGAAUAUUUACAGCAUAUUACAUUUACAGCAUUUCUAAUGUGCCCUAUUUAAUUGUUGUUUUACUAAAACCAGCAAUGUUUGAUAAAACUGCAAGAACGUUAGUCAAGUAGUCUAAUGGACACAAAGUCGCAUAAUGAUUAGUCAAUACACAAAGAAUUGAAAUAAAUAUGUCUUUAAAGAAAUUGUGUCUCAGUAGUCUUACCUAGCGAGAAUUCUUUUGCAGGAUUGUCACGAACCGGAGAAAAGACCAAUUGGAAAAAAAUGCCGGCAAAACAAAGUGAUACUGACCGCUAUAUUUCCUUGACUUUAUGUGUUUAUAGUUUUUACUUAUCACUGGCUAUCACAAAAAGUAUGUAAAAUGUUGUAAAUUUUAGGAUAAGGAGUGAUCAUAAUGAAGAUGAGACAGCAAGUAUACUUCAUGAUUGGGUUGAUAAAGUCCGUCCUCUGUACCAUGGUAUUGACAUCAACACGACAAACAUCGAUGACAAAUACGAGGAUGCGAUAUCAGCCAAUCAUUGGUCCCUUCUGAGAUUCAAACGUUUGAUUGAUUUAAGACAAGCUGCUUUGGACGAAGCUCGGAGACUUUGGGCUGACUAUAUAUUUGUAAGUUGUGUUUGCCUUAAUUGUGGAAACUCGAUUCUCUCAAUUUAUCCCGGCUGGAUAGCUCUAUCACUAGGUCUAAACUGCUCUCUCCAUUAAAGGUAUAGACUGUAUAGUUACUGUAGGACAUCUGUUAUUGCCGAAGUGUUGCUAAAUCUCCACCCCCUCCCCAAAAAAGUUCAAUACCCUAAUGCGCACUAUUUUGUUGUUUUACUCUGCCAAACACCAGACGAUUUUACUCGUUUAAUGACACAUAAUUUUACUUGUGAAGGAGAGAGUGCUGGUGUUCAAUGGGUUAAAGCAUUGUUUUUCUUACAGUUUUUAGAUUGUGAUGUUUAUAUAACUCAUCCAAACACAAUAUGGUCACUGCUAGAAGAAAGAAAGUGAGCAAAAUGAUUUAUCUUUUUAUUCAUUUUUUGGCAUUAGAAUGUAUUAAUAGUAUUACUCACUUCAGUCUGUAAAAUAGGUUAAAGUAUUCUAACAGUUAUUCUAUUUUAGAGCUAUUAUAUCUCCACUGGUGCAUUCAUUUGUGAAGAAAUCAGCAUUUUCUAAUUACUGGUGUGGCAGAGAUGAGAAGGUACUAGCUACCGUAGGAAACAAUUUUAGGAAAGGAAGGAAGGAGGGAACAGCCCCCCCCCCCUGGGCGGGCGGUUGCUAUGGCCCUGGUACUUGCUGUACACGUUAUGCUACUGUAGAAUAGAGGAAAUACUGUAGGUCAUUGUGUAGCCGAUAGAUAAGCCUUCUUACUAUAGACACAAGAUGUACUAACCAGAUGUCAAAUACCACAUUAUGGUUUUCGUCAAGCAGCCUUUCCUUUGCUGGCAUUGAUUUUGCGGAUGUGAUAAAUGAUGCUGUCAUAAAGGAAAAGUCAAUUUAUGUGAAGAAAUUUGAGACUAUUUUACUCUGUCUAAUGCCAGAUGAUUUUACUCUGUCUAACGCCAGAUAAUUUUACUCAUCAGGGGAGAGUGUUUCCACUCAAUGGGUUAAUCAGACUAUCUGCCCAUGCACCCUGUCAGGGCGUUAGCCAGAAGUAGAAAAAAAUCCGCAUUUACCUGAAAUUGGGAAAUUUAUUUUAAAAUUUUUUCUCGGAAAAAUUUUUUUUGGGCGACCUCCCUUUCCGUCGCCAAAUAAAUUUCGGUCAGUGUACCAUUUUAGGGGUCCAAAAAAUUUUCCGGACAUAUCAAAAUUUUUCGCAAAAAUUUUUUGUGUCUUUGAAACGGCACUUCCCGCAUUUUGGGAGUAAUUUUGAGCAAAUUUUGUUAUAAACAUGUUUUUAAUGGCGUAUUAACAAGAUAUUGAUGGCAAGAUGGACGGCAACAUACGGUACUGGUCUAUUGUCAGAUGUGAAAAAAAUAAUUCAAUUUUUAUGCUAUUUUUUGGCUGACCCAAAUUGGGAGUGCGACCUCAAGGUAAUUGGGAAAACUGCGUUUAACGCGGAAUUUUUUACUGUAGCUAACACCCUGCCUGUUAACCCUUUACGUAGCAAUGCGCCCAGAUGCACCCUACUGCUGAAUCAUUAGUUUACUCUGUCUAACGCCAGAUUAUUUUACAACCAGACAAUUUUACUUGUCAGGGGGAGAGUGCUGCCACUCAAUGGGUUAAACAACAAAAAACCAUGUUUUGAUUGUAACAUGACUACCUAUGAAUGAGACAAACAUAAUUUUCCCACUUUAUUUUGUCCAGGGUUAUUACAUGAGGACAGAUGAAUAUUUGCCAAUAUUAAAGCUAGAAAAUAAAGGCUGCCAUGAAGUGGUCAUGUUGCAUUCUGUUACAUUGAUUGACUUACGACGUACAGCCACCACAAAGCUGUAUUAUAAACCAGAGGGUAGUAACUAUGAUGGACCUAUUGAUGAUGUCAUGGUCUUUGCUCAUGCUGUCAAAGAAGCAGGUAAGGGCUGGUAAAAUCUUCCUUUCUCGCUGUUGAGGGUUACAUUUUGAAGGACAGGGCUCAAACGUGACAAAGCUUGAUGCUCGCAGAGUGCAUCCACAAUGGGAAUCGAACCUGCGAUCUUCGGUUUGUUAGUCAAAUGCUCAACCAGCUGAGUUAAACAAGGUCAAGUCGGUUUGAGUGGGUGGUACUUCAAAACUUGGUCUAUUGGUCUAGUUUCUUUGAUAUCAGUAUCAGGGUUUUUCAGGAUCCGUUUUUGUACAAAAGAUUGAGAGAUUGAGAUCUAUACAGCAGGGAGUCUGGGACCAUCUGUUACUCCCCCCCCCCCUCACAAUUUUACGUAACUUUACAUAUUUAACUAGGUUUAAAAUUUCUUAAACUAGGUUUAAAAUUUCACAUCUUGAACAAGGAUUAUUACGGGUAUCUUAUUGAACCAAUGCCUGGAAGAGCGACACUAUAUGAUGCUCAAAUGAAGUUUCAACAUGUUAAAUUGGAGUUGAUUGGUAAGAGAUUAAGAAAUCGUAUGGUUAGUUUCAUUAAAGGAAUAAAGCCCCACACAGACAAGCAAGUUGCCAUUGACAAGUUUCCUUGACAUGUUUACUUUCUCGUGUGUACGGUCAACAAGUUCUCCUUGACAAAGUUCUUUUGACAAAGUUCUUUUGACAAAGUUCCCUUAACAAAAUUCCCUUGACAAAGUUUGUUGUUCGUGUGCACGGAAUUUUGUUAAACUGAUUUACUGUUGUAUCUCAUGUUAAGGCCGCCUUUUGUUUGCCAAAACCAUAGAAGUAUUUAAACACUUGACAAGUUUCCCUUGCCGGCCGUACACGCGAACAAAUGUUCCUUGUCCAAAAACUGGCAUGACUAGCUUUGAAACAAGGCUCCUUGCCCUUGGCAAGGAAAAGUUGUUUAUGCGUUACAAGCAAGUAAUUUGUGAACCUGCUUGCAUAUAUAGUGAGAUUGAGAAAAUUGAUGAUACAACAUUGAUUUAAAUGGUACUGUAAUCUUUAUCUCCGUGUACCUUUUCCUCGAACACAAAAUGUUUCUUUUUUUGAUUUGACGUCGAUGUUUUAGUUGAUGAUAUAGAACUAGCUGAAAGCGCUUAUAUUCCUGUCAAGUACCCGGUCGCCGAUAAAGCUGGAUUUGACGAGGUAAUUUCGAAAAAAAUAUUCGUAGUAAUUCACCGAUGGUGAUGGUGGUUCCACAACACGAAACAGAGUGGAAAGUCUUCAUUAUCUUUGUGAAUGAUUCCGGAAUCAAAUUAAAAAGAUGUACUUCUUCAACACAAGAACAAUUAUUCUCCAUAAUAUGGACAUAACUCAAUGGACCUAUUCCCUAAUAAACAAAUUUUGAUCUAGACAAGUCUAGACAAACAUUUCAUCACAGCUUGAAAGAGCAUCACAACAUUAGUAAUAUUCCGACGUUUCGCUGCGAAAUGUUGUAAAAUGCGGUUAAUAUAGCCCUGCGAAGUUUGCCGUUUUUCAGUCAUUUUGUAUUACGCACGGGAAAUUGAUACCGCUUUGUGAAAAAAGGUACUCGUCUAGACUUCUCUAGAUCAAAAUUUUGUUCAUUAGAGAAUAGGUCCAUUACCAUUCCUUAUUUCCUAAUUUUCCUUUCACUCAAUUUUCGUAUGUUGUAAUCAGGUUAUAGUACAGCACUGUAUAUUCCGCCAUAUUUAUAAACGUAAGAUUAGGUACUGUAAAACAUCCACAUUUGGGAGUUCUUAUUCCUUAAAGAUAUUUUUCGUUUACUAGGUAUUUGUAAUCAAUCUCGAACGUCGCCCUGACCGACGAAAGAAGAUGAGAUUAUCACUCCAGUUGUUGGGGAUUAAUGGGACUUUCAUUGCUGCUUACGAUGGGAAGUAAGAAUGUCGAUCAAACUAUGUUAAAUUCCGGGUGUUGGCGACACUUGGUUACUUCAUGUGUCCUAGUGACGUAGUCUCAUCUUUGUGACUGGGAUUCGAUUCAUUCCUAUAAUAUGCAGAUGUCUGAGUUUACGUUCACCUCAGCCACAUGUAAGGAGAAUGCUUCCAGUCUGAUUCUAUACCAAACGCUGCAUGUUUUCUUUGGGUACUCCAGGUUCUUCCUGUAGUGCCACUGGACAAAUACAGGAUGGUUGUUACUGAAAUCAAAAACCAGUUAUCCAGUCUAACUAAAGUUGGUGUUUUAAACGUUUAUCUUAUGGAAUAAUGAAAGUGAGAUGAAUCGAACGCUGAUAUGCAGUUUUUUUGUAGACGAGUGUCAGAUGAAGAAAUUGAAAAUCUGGGAAUUAAGGUUAUCGAUGGAUAUGCUGAUCCUUACCAUGGCAGGUACUAAGACCGAGUGUGUGUUCAAGGAGAUCAAAAGAACAGAAGAAAGGAAGGGAGGGAAGAAGGAAGGAGGGAGGGUAAAUGAAAGGGAGGAGGUGGGGAAACCGGGAAAGGAUGAAUGACAGGGAGGAGGGGAGGGAGAAUGAAUGGAUGGAUGAAAGGGAGGAGGUGGAAGGAUGAAUGGAUGGAUGAAAGGGAGGAAGGUUAGUGUGUGCUUGGUUGGAAGGAAGGAAGAAAGGAGAUAGGUAGGGUGGAGAAAGGGAGGGGGAGAAAGGAGAGAGAAGGAAGGGUGGAGGUAAAGGAUGGUUCAAAUUAAGGGAGGAAGUCGGGUUGACGAAUGGAUGGGUGAAAGGAAGGAGGGUGUGUGCGUGCGCAGGUUGGUGGGAGGUAAAGGGAAGAGGAUGGGUGGAUGGAAAGAAGAUGAAUGAAAGAAGAGUGGAAAGAUGAAUCAAUGAGAUGAAGGAUUGAAGAAAAGAAUGAAGAAAUGUAGGAAGAAACAAUAGAAAGGAAUAAAACGUUUUUGUAUCAAGCUCAGUUUUGAAACAAAUAAUAUUUAUCAAAAUAAUUCGUUCUGUUCUAGGCCUGUAACAAAGGGAGAGAUUGGCUGCUUUAUGAGUCAUUUUCUGUUGUGGGAAAAAGUAUGUCAGCUAACACCAGAAUAUUUUUCAAUUUCUAACACCGUUAUUUCUCCGGCUUUAACAAGAAUGUAUUCUGUUCAUUUUCAGAUGGUGAGAGAAAAUUUGCAAGUUGUUAUGUUUUUGGAAGAUGAUAUCAGAUUCGAACCCGACUUUCGAAAAAAACUUGAAGGUCUGAUGACGGAAGCAAAACAAGUCGAGUGGGACUUCAUGUAAGUUGUUUUUUAGGGGGAGGGGGCUGUUUAUAUGAAAACACGCCAGACUGGGAACUACAGUAUAACUAUAUUUCAUUAUUUCUAACGAAUUUGAAAUCACAUAUACUAGCAGUUGCCAGUCUGUAUAUUGUUUGUCUGCAUGUGAGUACAAUGCAGUCAAUCAGGUGACCAAUGCUAAAUACUAGUGAGCGAGAAAAAGCAAUUAGAAGGAAGGUAUCAGGGCUGCAAAAUAUAGCGCACCAUGGGACCACUGGUUCCAGAAAAUUUUUGAGGUUGGCAGAGAAAAAUGGAGGAUAAAAAGGAAGUGAAGAAAGUUAGGUAGAGAAUGAGUAAAGAAAGGAGAAACAGAAAGAAAGGAAAUGAGACCUUACCAGUACAGUGAUUGCUCACAGUCUAGUCAAACUAAAUAUUUAAAGAAUAUACAAUUUCAUCAAUCUCAGUAAGAAAUAGGAAUAAGGAGAAGGUUGAACAUUUUUUUGCAAAUCUGGAUCUCGGCCAGGCAGGCAUACGAAAUAGAAUUAAGUAAGAAAUUGAACAAACGCAGGAAACAGAAACAGAAAACGGGCCAGUACGCUCACUUACGCAUAUUUUAUUUUAUUUAACUUGCAUUCAAAGCCAUGCAGACAUUAAACGUGGGUUUUUUUGUCAGGUAUCUUGGUCGUAAAUUAGUAAACGAGCAAGCUCAGGACACAGGAAUAGAUGGGAUUCAACACUUGGUUAGGCCUGGUUACUCUUGGUGGACUCUGGGAUACGUAUUGACUUUAGAAGGCGCGAAAAAAUUGUUGGCUCCGAAACCUUUACAAAGAUUCGUUCCUGUUGAUGAAUAUAUACCUAUCAUGUUUGGCGACCAUCCAGAGUAAGUUUACCACCAGACUAAACUAACUUUAUUUAUACUGGAUAGUUCUAUCAGUUCUAAACUGCUCUCUCUAUAGGUUCAGUAAGAAUCAUCUCUUUUUGACCCAGUGUUACUACAGGAGGAAACCUAAACUAAACUAAC